AUGGAUCCCGCAGCAGUUAACCACCUUUUCCAGAGAGCAAGGCGGGAUCAACAGCUGGUCAAACGCGUUGUUCUCUUCAUGUUCAUCUUCUUGCUGUUCGUCAUGCGGUACUUGUCCGGAUCCCAAAGCUCCACCACAGUAUUCGCCUUUCCUUACCGCGAGACGAUUAACCGGACCCAGGAUGCAGAGCGAUUCAGCGACUUCAAGCCUAAGGGCCGCAAGGUUACCGCCAAGAUGACCGAAGUUAUUCUAGCAUUCGAUACCUGCGACGAGAAAGUCAUGUUGCCGAGCCAAGCAGAGUUUCUCGCCCUCGCCGAGAGCGCACAGGAUUCCGCGGCCACACUUGUGAGAUCCACCCACCGCUUCGAGUUAACCCAUUAUGAGGUCAUUACGAAGCUGGAACUGCUUACCCAAGGCCUGCCUAACCAGCCAAGCACGAGAAGAGUGCCUACCGGCGACACAUUUCCUCAGGAACCAGCGGAGAAGGAAGCAGACCCGGUGGAGAAGCUGUUCUAUUGGGCGAAGCAGGCAUAUCCGGUUGAGCAGCUACGACGCGUUGAGAAGCAGGGUAUCCGGAUAUCGAAACAGCUCUUCCGAGGCCUGUGGCGCCAUCUAAGAACCUUGGCCGCCAGCGACACGAUUGACCAAGAACCAGUGGAGCAAGAAGCAGACAGGGCGGAUCGGGUGCUGCAGUGGGCGCAAGAGGCGGCGGGUACGAGGGUGGCCGACAUCGAAGAGGACGUGGUCAAGGGGUUGCAGAACCUAAGGGCCCUGCUGGACCAGAUGCACAUGGUCGCAGUCGCGGACGAGCCUAUUAUGAGGCGCGAUCUGAAGAAAGCCGAGUCGAGGCACGGUAAUCCUUUGUGGACCGUUUUUACCGACACCGACACUCCAUUAAGGCAGGCGGUUCAGAGACUUCGAACACUGGAGAUGGUUCACGAAACCACGAGGUCAGCUGCGGUGGAGGCGAGCGACAUGGUCAGGUUGGUGGAGGAUUACUGGGAGGAUGCCGCGAGGGUCAAAGUCCAGACAAAGAAGCUAAGAGAGGGCGUGAGGAGUGGUGACUUUCGGGCGGCCGACGCCAUAGUCAAGGUCUGGGAGGGGUUUGUCAGCUUGAGAAUCGGUUAG